GACAACGGCUAUCUAUGACUAUCAUUUGAAGGUGAUUCGGUAGCAUUUUUUGUGGCUCAUAAGUUUUGUAUCAUACUAUAUAAGCAUUUGUAGCUGAGUGUGGAGCAUCAGUCGAGUUCCUAUAUUGAUCGAAUAACUUAACACACUACAAUGUUCAAGUUGGUGGUUCUUUUGUCCGUGGCUGCUUUGGCUGCUGCCAAGCCCAGUCCUUACGUACCCGUAACGUACACCGCGGUGCCAGCUGUUAGUUCUGUGUCGCAGUACAGUAGCAACGUAGUCCACGGAUCACCCGUCGUGCCUGCUGUGUACAGCGCUGCAUACUCACCAUACGUAACUGGCGUCGUACCUGUCGCUACUCUUUCGCAAGCACCUAACUCUCCCGCUGUCGUACUCGAUGCUGUUAACGGAGUACCUUUGGACACCCCUGAAGUAGUUGCCAGCCGCAUCGCCCACUACCAGGCCAAGGCACUCUCCGGUGUGCACCAUCUCGCCAAGCGUUCGGUCGUGCCAGUGACCUACAGCUCCGUUGUUGGCCCCGUAACGUCUGCUGCUCCUGGUUUCCACAGCGUUGUAUCUCCGGUAGCCUACUCAUCACCCUUUGUGACUGCCUACACUGCUCCCUACACAGCCACCUACGCCUACUCCGCUGUAGCGCCUAAAGCUCUUUCCGUGCACCCCUGGUAACUCGAUCAAAUUACAACGAACAAUGUUUAAAAAACAUUCAAACUAUUG